UUGUGACAGCCGAUUCGACUUCCGUAGUUUUCGGAUCGAAUCGGAAUCCACAGUUUUUGAGUUUUUGAGGUUUAAGUUUAUUUUUCCAAAGAAUACCUUUCUAAAUGAGACGAUGUUAUUGAGAAUUUUUCAUCAAUUUCUGGAUGAGCUUGUCUAGCAAAAGUUGUGGGUUUUUUUUAGUAUGUAAAUUUUUUUGUUUUGUACCGAAUUUUCUCAAAAGUGCAUGGUGUCGGCAGUUUAAGUUUUAUAGAUAAAUGUCUACAAAGUGAGCAUCGUGAAUCUUUAUCAUAUGGUUGAAGUUUAUGUUGUAUUGAACUGCCGACUCUUGUUAACACAUGUAGAUCUGUAUUUUUUGUAUUCAAGUAAACAGUAAGCAUGUGAUAAUGCAUGCGUGAUAAGAUACAGCCGGUCGUAUAACAGUGUAUAAUAUAGGGUAGUGAUGCUAGCCUAUACCUGUAUUUUUUAGACGCGCAUACCAAUUAUCAUAAUUAGGCUUAUAACAUUUUUGAAAAUUCUCGAUUUUGAAUUGUUUAAUAUAUGUACAUGGGCCUAUAUUGUUCCAUUUAGGUUUCUGGUAAGAGUUCGAAGUUUUAUUAAUAGUCUAUGUUAAAGGGAAAGACAACCCUAACCACAUACAGACACGUGCAAAAAGUAUUCGGUCACAAUGGCGGCGUGUUUACGCUGACGACGAACGCAUCAAUAUUUUGCUGGCUGAAAUUUUUAUGAAAACAUACACCAAGAAUAAAAAGUGAACUACUUACAAUUCAAUACUUCGUUAGGUGUCCUUUUAAUCUUAUAGCAUGCAGAAUGCGUCUCGGGAUAGAUCCAUACAAGCUCUGAAUGUAGGCAGGUGUGAUGGUCGUCCAUAUGCGCCGAAUUUCCUCGAUCAAAUCAGAUCUCGAUUUUAUAAAACCUGUGCGGGACUGAAGUUUUCUUUUAAUGUAAAGCCACACAUUUUCAAUGAUAUUAAAUUCUGGUGACUGGGCAGGCCAGCUUAAACAGUUGAUGUGAUUUCGGGCCACAUAUUCCUGGGUUGAUCUGGCUCGAUGGACAGGCGCAUUGUCGUCCUGGAAAAAGUAUCCAUUUUGUGGAAAAUGUCUUGUCAAAACUGGCCACAGGUUGUCCUCUAAAAUGUCCUGAUACUUAGCAGCGUUGAUAUUGCCUUCCACUGGCGUCAUAGUUCCAACAAAUGCACCCCCAUAUCAUCACUUCGUACUUAACGCGUGGCGUGUGCUGUUGAACGAGAUCGGGUCGCCAUCCUUCAUCUCUUUUCCUCCAAAUCCGAACUCUUUCAUCAUGUCCUAUCAUGAUUUUGCUUUCAUCUGAGAAAAUCACACGUUUCCAGUUGUCAACAGCCCACUGUCUCUUCCCCCGACACCAAGCAAGUCGUUUCUUCCGAUUCACUUCUUUAAUGACAAGUUUCUUCUUGGCAACACUCCUCCGAAAAUUAUUUUUGUGCAAGUUAUGUUGUACUGUCCUUUUACUCACUGGAUAUUGCUUCUCUUCAUUAAAUUUUGCCGUAAUAUCGGAUAGCGAACAUCUGCGAUUGGUUUUCACAAUCCUUUCCAACUGCCGAUAGUCCCGAGGUUUGAUUUUCGGUGGCCGGCCACUUCUGGGUUUGUUUUCAACUGAUCCCGAUUCAGAAAAUUUCUUACAAACAUCAAUAACGCUCGAUUUGGGUAACUUCAACAUCUCACUAAUCUUUCUCCGGCUGUAUCCACCCUGCAAUAACUCCACAAUGACCUUUUUAACUUCUAAUCCCAUCUCUUUUCCUCUCCGACCCAUCUUUGAAUAAUUCGUAAUUUUUCCCCUUUUGUUUGUAAACAGCAGACGAUAACUAGGUACCACAUGACGUAUCAUGUGACCAAUUUCUAAUUUUACAAAAACAUUCUACUUCCUGACAAUCCAAAAAUAGCAGGGCAAGGUCAUUUACUUCUUGCUUUCGCUUUUAAACGUAAACACGCCGCCAUUGUGACCGAAUACUUUUUGCACGUGUCUGUAGUUGCUUUUAUGAAUAAAGUAUCACUUACUGAUAUCGUAAUUGACAGUCUUUAACUACAAAAAUUCUUGCUUAACAUAAGUUGACAAUUAAAUCAAUAUUAAUCUAUCAUGUAUUUUAAAUUACCUGCCGCUAAGAGAGUGGCCAUUGAAGUUUAAUUUAUGAUGUCACACCAUCUAUUCCGGUUUAUUUCAUCAGCAGCACUGUAAACAUGACAAGUCACGAACAGUUAAGUUUGGAGCCGUAUAGAUUUGAGCCCAUUCUUUCGCAAGAAGAAAUUGAGAAAAGAAGACGUUUAGUCGAGUCGCAGACCAGGCAGAUGGUUGAAUUGCAAUGGUGGUUGAGUGGAGUGAUAAACUACAGAGCUACUUUGAGUAGAGUGUUUCAGAAAUAUGAUGUAAGACAGGAAAGAGAUACAAAACAUUCAUGAUGUCAAGUUUGACUGAUGAUCUUAAUAUCCACACGGAUUCUAGUGGGUCUAGGUUGGUCUCUAAGGAUGUGGAAAGGAAACACCACAAACACAAAAAGGAGAAAAAGAAAGACAAGAAAAAAGAUAAGAAAAAACAUAAACACAAGCACAAGGAUAAAGACCGAGAAAAAUCGAAAGCUAAUAGUGUCAGAGGUAAGGAGAGUUCUCCUAGAGAAGAAUCUGUGGACUUACAGACUGUACUUGAUAAGAAAACAGAACUCAAAGAUUUGAAAGACACCACAAAAGAAGUGUUAUCAGAUUCUGAAGUGAAAGUUAGCAAGGAGGCAUCAGAAGGUUCAAUGAAUAUCAGUAAUAACAUUCAAACUUUUAACAAAGAGGAGAGAUCAGUAGAUACUCUAGAUCAGGUAGCUAAAAGCCCUAAUCUCAAGUUAGAUAUCCCAAUGCCAGAAUCUUUAGAUGAUAUUCCAAUACCUGCAUUACCAGCAAAAUCAAAAGUUGACAGUGAUGAUUUUAGAAAUUCAGUAAAUGUGGAAAAGGUGAUAUUAGGAAAGAAAUGUAUAGUGACAAACACAACAGUUGAGAUUGAAAAUGUUCCUCUACCACCCCCUCAGCCACUGGACAGCAUUCCAAUCCCUGAUCAGAUAAACUCACAGAAGAAGAAAAUUUCUGUAGGAAAAUCUACUUACGUCAAACCUGCUACUGAGGCAGUGAAAAUUGCUGCACUCCCUAUUCCUCCCCCAGUGCCUCCACCCCCAGAGAAGUCAUCAAUCAGCAUCCCCUCACCCACAAAUUUUCAGGCCACAAUCCGGGAAUCAAUGUUAAGAGAGGUUGGGAAAGCAGAAACCGGUUUGCCCCAGAAUAUUGUGGAUGAUUUCUUUAAGGAUUUUCUGGCCACUAAAAUGAAACAGAUUGAAUCUGAGUACAAGUUAAUGACAAAACAACUGGCCCUGGAAGGUCAGAAGAAAGGGGGCGAUGGAGUUGCAAGCUCUGUUGAAGAAAUGAAUAAACUCUUGGAUGAAGAGCUUUCAUCCAUAGCUACAGCUACACAACAGAAUGACCAGAAAAGGUCAUCCAAGUGGGACUCCAAAGAAUCUGCCUCCACAAAGUGGGACUCCAAAGAGAAAUCGGCCUCCAGCAGUGGUAGCAAAUUGGAGGUAGCAGAAGCACAAAAAAUUGAUGACUCCAGUAAUAAGCCCAGAGUGGAAGUUCAGAUCGGAACAAAGAAAGGAGGAAAGCUACAGAUGGAGUUUAAAAUCACCAAGACAAGUGCAGAUAUGAUUUCCUCUGGGGAAAAGAUUGAAACAAAGAGCUUGGAGGAAGGAGAGGUGUCCUCAUCAAAUAAUGGAUCUGGGUCAGAGGACACUGAUGAAAAUGCUGAUGUAUCUGAAACUGGGUCACUGUCCGACUCUGACAAAGAUUCUAAAUCUUCUAAGAAGAAAAAGAAAAAAAAGGAUAAGAAGAAGAAGAAGAAACACAAAAACAAAGACACCUCAGAGAGUGAUUCCAGAAGCAAACGUAAAAAUUACCACAAAUCUAGCUCAAGGUCACCAAAAAGAAGGAGGUUGUCCAGGUCUAGAGAGAGAUCGAGGUCAAGGUCACGAUCUAAAGAUAGAUCCUCCUCAACUAAGUAUAUCUAUGAUGCAUACAAAUACAGAGAUAAAGUACGUGACAAAUAUGAAAGAGAUCAAGACAGGGAAUAUGAUCGAGAUCGUGGGCGAGAGAGAACACGUCAUAGUGACAGAGGUCAUCGUGAUGACAGAGGCCAUCGCCACAAAAAGUCCAGAUCAAGAUCCAAGUCGAGAUCUAGGUCAAGGUCAAAAUCCAGGGAGAGACCUUUCCGUGUGACUGCAGAUCUCCGAUGCAAGAUAGACAAAGCUAAGCUUAGGGAAAUUGCAAUAAAAAAUGCAGUUGCCAUGGCAAAGUCAGGACAAGUGCCAAAUAUUGAUCUGGCUGCACUUAAAUCUGGUGGAAAAUCCAUAGAUGAGCUCACAGAUUUCUGUAAGAGAAUCUCAUCUAAGGCCAAGAACAAAGUGGAAAGCUCAUCAUCAUCCGAUGAUGAUGCAGAGGAGAAAAGAGACGACGACGAUGAAUUUAUACAUCAUCCAUUCAAAGUCAAGGACACCAACAACAUCGUGUUGAAUAUCAGGGAUUCUAAGCCACUACCAUUAAGAACACCAGCAGAAAAACUACAAGAGACAGCCACUCUACGUCUUCAGUUCCCGGUAUCCAGUGGCAGUACCCACCGCCUAAAAGAGUCAGAGUGGGUCCCCGUGGAGAAAACAACUGCCACUGCCACCACUACGACUCCCACUGUACCGACCACUACCACCGCCACUAAGACAACAAACGCAGCCGAUUCUGUUCUGAUGCCACCACCCCCAGUUCCUUCCAUUGCUCCGCUUCCUGUAGAUGUUCCGCCAAAUCCUAUCCGCCCAGAGGACAGAGUGUUUCCAGAGGUUCCUUCUGGGAGCAUGGAUAUUGGAUCCAUCAUAUCAGAGAGACUGACUGCUUUCAAGAAACUGAAGGAAAAUCCUAAUGACAUAGACGCUAUCACAAUACUGGGAAAAGUUCAGGAAAAAGCUAGUCUUUGGGCUCAGUCCAAAAAUCUUCCAGGAAAAUUUCUGGGUAGUACAGGUGCUCAUAUUAUGUCCCAAGAAGAGUUGAUAGGACCAGAUAAAAAGAGACAAGCCUGGGCCAAAAGGGAUCAGUUUGUACGAGCAGCUCCACUGCAGAGCGGGAUAGGCAUGGCUCUCCUGCAGAAGAUGGGCUGGAAGCAAGGAACAGGGCUGGGCAAAAACAAUGAGGGAUCCAUAGAGCCACUGGCCCUAGACUUCAAGACAGACAGACGCGGACUAACAUCCACUGGAGAACAAGCCCCAAAGCCUUUCAAAGGUGCUGCCCCAGUAGUCAAAGAUUUAUCAGGUAAGCACCCAGUAUCGGCCCUGGUGGAGCUCUGUAACAGAAGGAAAUGGGGGGCCCCUGCUUUUGAACUGAUUCAUGAGAGCGGACCAGAUCACAAGAAAAAUUUCCUCUUUAAGGUGAUUGUAAACAGGACAGAGUACCAACCAACCAUUGCAAUGAACAACAAGAAAUCUGCUAAAGCUGCAGCUGCCACAUGUUGCCUCCAGGAUCUGGGACUGGUUCCCAGGGACCCACCUAAGUGAUGUGAAAAAUGAGAGAUGUGCUGAAUAACUAAGUUCCCAGGGGCGCACCAAGUGUGUGAUUAAUGAGAGAUGUGCUGAAUAACUAAGUUCCCAGGGACCCACCUAAGUGAUGUGAAGAAUGAGAGAUGUGCUGAAUAACUAAGUUCCCAGGGGCGCACCAAGUGUGUGAUUAAUGAGAGAAGUGCUGAUGAACUAUGUUCAUAGACACUCACCUAAGUGAUGUGAAGAAUGUGAGAUGUGUUGAAUAACAAUGUUUCCAGGGGCGCACCAAGUGUGUGAUUAAUGAGAGAAGUGCUGAUGAACUAUGUUCAUAGGCACUCGUGUAAGUGAUGUGUUUGAUGAGAUGUGCUGAUGAACGAGAAAAUAUAAUCAUAUAUGUAAAGCAGAAUACAGUGGGUGCAGAAACCUAUGUGGCACUGUACUUGAUGAACUUGUUUGGAAACGGACUUGCAUGCAUGUUGAUAGUAUUUUAUGGAGUUAUUUGGUUGUUUGUCUUUGAUUUGCGAGACAUCUCUUAAACACAUGUAUUGAAAACUAUGUUUUCGGAUAUCUUUUGUAACAGAAGUUUUUAAUAUGAUUUUUUAAAAACAUGCGAGGAAAAUCAUGGGAUUCUAAAUGUCUAUUUUCUGAAGCAAUCCGGAUUCUGAAAUCAUCAGCUUUUAUCAUAUUAAUCAUGAUUUAGAAAAUCUGAGAGAAGAAAAGCUUGUGGUAUUGUGAGGACAAGUGAUGCAGGUAUAGGAAUAUCAGUAUGGUUUUGUUCAAUCACUAAAUGUUUUUAUGUUGAUAUUGUGCUUGUUUUGUGUGUUUAAUUAAGAAUAACAAUUCACAAAGAAAAGUAUAAAUUGAAACUGCUGUACA